GUUUAUUUCAGACACAUGAUGGACUCACUGAUUGGAUAGAUAUUAAUCAUUAAAGAUCUUAUAUGGAUGCGGAGGAUGGUAGCCUCUCGCGGACCGGAAGUGCACUAACAGGUACGCGCUACGAGAUUCUGGUGAGUUGCACGGGGCUUACGGACCUGGAUACCCUUACGAAGAGCGACCCAAUGUGUGUGCUAUUCUACAAACAGUUCGGACAGUGGCGCGAGGUCGGGCGGACUGAAGCCAUCAAGAAUACGCUAAACCCAAAGUUUGUUGGAUCCUUUGUUUUGGACUUCGACCCGAGUGUGCAGCAGAAUUUCAUGUUUUCUGUUUACGACAUUGAUCACAGGUCCCCGGAACUCCGUCAUCACGACUUCGUUGGCUCGGUGGAGUUGUCGUCCCUUGAUCUCGUCGAACCGAAAGUGGAUAUCUGCACUCGCUGUAAAACACUCCGUGUACCAGGUAGCGCACGAGGACACGGGCUUAUCAGCAUUACGUCUGAGCGCAUUCGUGAAUGUCGUGAUAAGGUGUCGUUCCAUGUGGGUGCACACAAACUGAACAAGAAAGGCAAGCUUAUAAGCAAAAAGCCUGACGUGUACCUUGAGAUAUCCCGCAGUAUCGACAAUGUGACGUUCCAUCCCAUCUACCGCACGGAGACCGACAAGAAGACACAACAUCCUAGAUGGCGUCCUUUUGAGAUUGGUUUACAACGUUUGUGUAAUGGAGAUUGGGAUCGACAGCUCGAGCUUGCAGUUUGGCACCACGGUGGAACUGGUGAUUAUAAAAUGCUGGGCCGACGGGUAGCAACGCUCAGAGAUCUAAACUCUAUACAAAAGGUAGGCCAUUACAAAGAACUACCUCUUGCGCCGAAGAAACAAGGAUCAAUAACAAACAGUAUUAAAAUCACAAAUAACGGGUACCUGCGCUUCUUUCAAGUAAGGGUAGAUUGUGACUACUCGUUAUUGGAUUAUGUCACAGGAGGGAUGAAACUAAACCUUAACGUCGCCAUAGACUUUACGGCAUCGAACGGGACACCUGAACAGACGAUGAGUCUUCACGACGUUUCUCAAAAUAAGAAAACACCUUACAUGGAAGUUAUAGAGGCAUUUGGAGGAGUAAUUUGCGGUUUUUGCACAGAAGUGAAAAUUGGUAUGCUGGGAUUUGGCGCCAAGAUGAAAAAGUCGUCUGUUAUAAAUCACUGUUUUCCACUUUCGAACGAUUGGAACAGAUUUUACGAAUAUGGAAUUGAGAGCGCCAUCAGCCGAUACAAGAAGGCUGUGAAGCAUAUUCGAAUGUCGGGUCCCACGCGACUGAAGCCUGUGAUUUCCUUUGCUGAGUCUAUGGCAGUACGUGAGCCCACACAGGACAACCAGGUCUACCAUGUCCUCCUUGUCAUUACGGAUGGCAUUUUGAACGACAUAGAUGACGUUCUCGAACGCCUAACCUCAAUAAGUCACUUGCCCUUAACGGUUGUGUUUGCCGGGGUCGGUCCAGCAGACUUUAAGCUCAUGGAAUGUUUCAGUCAAGAUAGCACUGGUUUUGUCGGCCUAAAGUACAGAACGACGUCACUCAACCGGAAGCAUACACAUUUCGUCUCAUUUUCACGGGAAAACGGACAAACCAUUGAUCUCGACCGACUGGCCCGUGAAACACUAGCAGUCAUUUCAUCGCAGAUCACAGAAUACAUGCGGCGGAAGGAUAUCAUACCGAACAAGCCAAGUUUAACCAGUUUACCACGGUCACACUCUAGUGUUUCGUUGAUCGAAGCAAGCCAGACCGAGGGUAGAGGACUUAGUAGAAAGUCGGCUUCUAGAACCAGCUUAAUCAGUCGGAACUCUGUGAGUAACGCCACGGAUCCCAAAUGUCCUACUUGUGGCUCGGUGCUUGACAAUGGGUCUUCGUCAGUUACUAUACAAUCAUCUGCAGAUGUUAUACUACAAGGAUAACUUUGCUGACGGAGGUAUGGAAUAAUACGCAUAUUUUAGUGUUUCUUAUACGAUUGUCGAAUGUAUACUUAUCUUUACUCCUAUUGUUAAUAAUAUAAAUUAGACUUUACUUUCUUUAUGGUGUGCUUAACAAUUACUAUUUUUGGUUUUGUAUAUAUACAUGUUAAAUACAAAAAUAAUAAAUGGCGCUCCAACAUAUACUGCAUACUAUGAUUGUGUUGUGGGAUGGCGGCCAUAUAAUAUGGAUAAACGAAUAUUGUACUUUACUGUUACAUUUUCAUACAAUAAAACAAUCCACAUCUAGUCAUUUUGUAAUAAGUAUACAAUAUAAAGUUAACGUUGUGUUUUUGCUAGUUAUUAUCUAAAAGUUAAG